GGCGGCUGCGGAGCGAUGGCGGCGCCGCUGGCGGCUCCGGGCGGCGCCGGGGCCGGGCCCGGGCCCGGGGCGGGGGCGGCGCGGGGCGGGCGCGGGCCGGCGCUGCGGGAGGGGGCGCGGGUGUCGGCGCUGUGCCUCGCCUGGUACGGGCUGAGCGCCGGCGGCAACGUGGUCAACAAGCUGCUGCUGGGCGGCUUCCCGCGGCCCGUCACCGUCUCGCUGUUCCACAUCCUGGGGCUCUGCGGGCUCCUGCCGCCGCUGCUCCGCGCCUGGCGCGUCCCGCCCGCCGGCCCCGCGCAGCUGCCGCCCCGCGCCUACCCCCGCUACAUCCUCCCGCUGGCCUUCGGCAAGUACUUCGCCUCCGUGUCCGCGCACGUCUCGCUCUGGAGGGUGCCCGUGUCCUACGCGCACACAGUGAAAGCCACCAUGCCCAUCUGGGUGGUUCUGCUGUCACGGAUCAUCAUGAAGGAGAAGCAGACGACGAAGGUGUACCUGUCUCUGAUCCCCAUCAUCACUGGUGUCCUGCUGGCCACGGUCACAGAGCUGUCCUUUGACAUGUGGGGACUCAUCAGUGCACUUGCUGCUACCCUGUGCUUUUCACUUCAGAACAUCUUCUCAAAGAAGGUGUUGAGGGAUUCCCGAAUUCAUCACCUUCGGCUGCUGAACAUCCUCGGCUGCCACGCUGUGUUCUUCAUGAUCCCUACCUGGGUCCUGGUGGAUCUUUCUUCCUUCUUGGUAGAGAAUGACUUGAGCUCCAUGUCUCAUUGGUCCUGGACCUUGAUGCUGCUUAUCAUCAGUGGAUUCUGUAAUUUUGCCCAGAAUGUGAUUGCCUUCAGCAUCCUUAACCUGAUCAGCCCCCUGAGUUACUCAGUGGCCAAUGCCACCAAGAGGAUCAUGGUGAUCACCGUGUCCCUGAUCAUGCUGCGCAACCCCGUCACCAGCACCAACGUCCUGGGCAUGAUGACAGCCAUCCUGGGGGUCUUCCUCUACAACAAGACAAAAUACGAUGCAAACCAAGAGGCCAAGAAGCAGCAGCUUCUCCCAGUGACCACUGGAGACCUGGUGAACUUGGAAAGGCACCGAAAUCCUGCUGAGAAGUCCCAGAAUGGACUCGCAGCCUUUGGCCAGCACGGGGACUUCCUGCGCAGCAACGUCCUCACAGAGCACUUCCAGUACAGCAGGCAGAACUAUCCCACAGCCUACAACCUGAACAGGUUUGAUAUUUAGGAUCCUGGCCCACAGGCACAGACUGUGGUAGCAGAGUGUCCCCAGCAUUAUCAGAACACUUCCAGUACAUCCAUGAAUGUCACGGAGCCAUUGAAGUGUGCAGGGCUGGCAGCAGGAGAGGGGCAGGGGAGUGGUGCAGGAGCUGCAGCUGCUGCUGGGCAGAGCUUUAAACCUGGAACAGCCACACCUGGAGCAGCUUUAAACCUGGAACAGCUUUAAACCUGGAACAGCCAGCCCUGACACUGGAACCAAACCCACAGGGAGUGACACUCUGCACGUGGCACUGCUGAGUGGAACAUCUGUCACUGCUCCUUUCAGAGUCUGCCAGCUCCUUGUUCUCUUGGCAGCUGAAUUCUGGCCAGUAUCUCCUUUCCAUGCUGGUAAUGUCACCUCUGACUUGUUCUCUAAUAAUGGUUCAAUGAUCCUUUAAAUGAAGCUUUCAGGAAGAAGUGAAAGCAAGGGGUACUGGUGCUGAUCAGGAUUUGUCUGGGGUGCAUCAGCUGCAGGCAGGUAAAGUCGAGUUCAUCUCCAGUAUCUGUGCAACUCCUUGUGGAUCUUCACAACUCUUGUGCCUCUGCCUUCAGCCCUGCAUGAGAAACCAGAAGUGUUUCUGCAGGAGCAGGCAGGGGAAGGAUUGAUCUCUCCCAGAGCUGCUUCAGGAAAAAACCCAGUUCUCCAAAUCACUGCUCAUGGCAGAGAACAGCCAAGCCCAGCCCAAAACCAUCAUUGUUUUCUCAAUCAUGUAGUCCUGUAACUGCAGACAUUGCUGUCCCCUGGCCAUGCAGGAAACUCCUUCACAAAUAAAAGUGUUUGGAAUAAUAUGAUUUUAUUUUUUUACUUGCUUCACACCUGUUCUUUCAAAACCCUUCUGUUGCUUUAGAAAUUGAAAGGUGCAAAGUGUUUUGUUCUCAGUUUUAUGCAUAAGUUAGAGUCUCUUAUAUGAGUUAUAUCUUUUGAAUGCAUUGAUUUGAACAAGCAUCAUUAUUAAUUGUCUCCUAAAUCUUUUUAGCCCCUAAUUGUUUGGGUUUUUUAAAUUUCUUAAUCCCUGCUGUUGGAGUAGCUGUGUGGAUUUAGGCUGACUUCCACUUCCUGCUGAAAGAAGUUAAAUUUUGUAUCCUGUGCUGUUCCUGCAACUCCCCUGGCUCGAAUAGGAAAUGAAAGAAAAACUGUUUGAAUCAGCAGUAAGUAGAUAAUUUAUGGCUAAGAACUGAUUGAGAAUAAAUUCUAGACAAGGUGAUUGUGUGUGUCAGGUACUGCAUUUGUCAUGGAAGGGAUGAACCUUGGCUUUCCUUCCUCCGAGUGAAACUCCUUGGAAUGAAGUGAAACCCAACCUGGGACUUGGGUUUCACUGAAUCAGAAUUUUCUGUCAUUGCUUUAGUAAAAGAUUUUAGGGGCCUUCUUUCCUUCCCAGACUGUUGUACAGUGAGACUUUGAUAGCAUAAGUUUUAUGCUUUUAACCAGAGAGGUACCAGACACCAGUGACAAAAUCCAGGGUGUGUCACAGAACACUCCUCUUAUUUAUUGCUUUAAAAUGACCAUUUCCAUGAUGUGAGAUGAUGAUUUGGCUCCUUUCUGGAUAAUAAAGAAUUUAUUUUUAAGUGCAAAA